UACAAUUUCUUAACAUUUUAAAUUAUGAAGGUAAAAAAAAAACUGAUAUGGUGUAACGAAACUACAUUAUCUUAAUACCGACCUCACGACGUCUUCCAACAAUACAGGGUAGUUUAAAAGCCGCUCCACACCGAUUCAAUGUCUUCAGCAGGCUUAAAAUAAGGAAAGUUCAUAGCGAAGAAAAGUAGAGAGGAGUGGACUGAGUAGAGAUUGGAAGCAGGAAGCGGUGUUCUACAAAAAUGAAAUUAAGAUUGAGAUCUCCUCUCUGAGAGAGAUCUUUCAAGAUCUUGUGUGAAAAUAAAGAUAAUCUACACAGUAGAUUUAAGUAUAAAUUUUCUCACUUCUUUGGCCGGGCCGUUGGCGAAACUUAUUGUUCCGACAAAGACGGGGCGGGGGAUGCAAUAAUAACGCAGUAAGGGUGCGUAAUGAAACUUUUACCUGGGACCGAUGUAAUGCACUUUUAGGAAGGGUCUCAUUCAUUCGGAACUAGUCCGUGCGACAUGAUCUAUUAGAUAUGAACUCGAAAGGUAAAAUAGAGAAGUGGCUCUUUGAGGAAUGGAGCAGUGGCCGUGUUGUGAACUCAAGGUCUAUGUUGAAAGUGGAACAUGAGGUGUCUAAGAUCGGGGUGCCCAUAGGUGAUACAAAUACAGUGAGAAAGCGGAAACACUUAUCUAAUGGAAGACAUGGUCUAGAAGCUGAUAAAAUAAUAGAACUAAAAAUGGAAGAAGGUGGACCAAGCGGUCAACAAGAAGACAUGGACUUCUCAUCGAGCGCCUCAUCUUGGGAGCCAAGCGAUGACAACCUUUCAUCUGAAGACUCUGAGCCAGAAAACAAAACUAACAAGACAAUGAACACUACGAAACAAUACACCAAUAAAAGGGUAAACAAAAAAGGUCCAAUACCACUGCAUAGACCGAAUGCAAUCAUACCAAAUGUUUUACAGCCGCGACAAACAAAUAUUGUAGAUAAAAAGAAACGUUGUAGAUACAUCGACUCAGCAAAUAAAAGAGAAAUCGUUAAGAAAUCAUUACCUGAUUCAACAAGGAAGAACACACCACCGAAUGAAUCAAUUAAAAAUGGUCACAAUAAUGUAAAAGAUAUUUUGGAUAUAAAAUCCGGAUUUAGACAACUAUUUCAAAUGAUUAAAGACCUUAAAACACAGGCGGGUUUUGUUUCAAGAGAAUGUAAUGGGACAAAUAAAAACACAUCAGUGGUAAAUAAUGAUAUUAUGGAUAUAUCGGAGGGAGAAGAAAGUGAUAGAAGUCAAAGUGUGGAAUCAAAUAGAUCGGAUGACAAUGUCCUUAUCAGCAAUAAAUAUGCUAGAGCUGAUGUUCGAAAUCCUACAACAGAAAACAUAACAGAAGAAGAAUGGAUACCUAUAGGAAGUGGGAAAACUCUGAUACACAAAGACAAAUAUAAAAAAGUAAAUUGGAAAUCUUACACGAUAGCAACAAGAACUCUACUGCUUGCAACAUUCCCCAGAAGAAUUCUAGCCACCCAUUCCCUUACUGGGAAAAGGUCACCCGCUUUCCGGAACAAGCCAGCAAAAAUGUGCCUCGAUCCUAAAAUCGUAUCUGAUGUUAUUAUGGAAAUUACAUCCAGAUUUAGGGUCAAGGAGAAUUUAGUUAGAAGUAUCAUUACAACAAAGUGUGCAGACGAAUGUAAGAUGUUUAAAUUGAGGAUGAAACAUAAAAACAAACAAGAACAAAAUCAAGAGAACACACCGCCGAUACAAGAAACAGAGCCCAUAGAUUAUUAGAGAGCUUUUGUUUAACAUUCUCUUGAGUGUAACUACAAGAAUGGAAACAUAUUUUGUUAACCAGUGGGGCCUUUUAGUGUUUUAAUCCUGUGUAGCCAAAGCUUAUACUUAAUGUAAAAAGUUUCGAUAAUUUAAUAAAAUUAGGUUAAAUAAUUGUAUUUUUAUUUGGUGCACCAAUUCAGCUUAUGUAUAAUCCUCCUUCCAAAACAUCUUUUUGGUACUUACCUCUUAAAUAGCUUCACAGAUUAGUUAUACAGAUUCCAUUUGCGUGCAU